AUGCCGUCAUUCAGCAUGGAAAGAAAUAUCAAUGGGACUUUGCAAUCUACUGUGGAUGCUGUGACAUAUAAGGAGUAUAAUGGCACUUAUAAUAGCUCAUAUAAUGACCAAAAAUAUUCCCCAUCUAAUCCAUUUGAAAAAUUUAUAAGACAUGGCUUUAUUUUAGUUAUCUGCUGUGUGGGAUUUUUGGGGAAUGGAACUGUCAUCUGGCUUCUUGGUUUCCGCAUUAGGAGGAAACCGUUCACCACCUACAUCCUUAAUUUGGCUGUUGCUGACUUUGCAUUCCUCCUGAGCCUACAGUUCCAUACUUUUAUUAGGUUUACUGAUUAUGUUCUUUAUAGGAUUGAUGAUUGUCUCUUAUCCUUCACAUACAACACUGGCCAACUUCUUCUGACAGCCAUCAGCAUUGACAGAUGUGUGUCUGUCCUCUUCCCUAUCUGGCAUCGGUGUGUUCGGCCGACACAUUUGUCCACCACUGUGUGUGCCCUCAUAUGGGUCCUCUCCUGUCUGCUCUCCAUAGUCCUUUCUAUUAUCACAGAAACAUCUCUGAUUAUACCAGAUAACAUCUAUUUUUAUUUCCUCACGAUAUAUUUUCAAUUUAUCUUGACUGGACUGCUUUGCCUCCCACUUAUGACAAUUUCAACUGUGAUCCUUUUCUUCAAAGUCUGUUUUAAAUCACACCCACGAAAGCGGGGAAGGCUUUUAAUGGUUAUUUUACUUACACUCCUCUUCUUCCUCAUCCUUGCUUUUCCAAUCAAUGCCAUUCUUCUUGAUAUAUUAAUUGUACCCCUGAAUAUUCCCUUUCCAUUCCAUUAUGCCAUUUUGUGUGCCUCCCUCAACAGCUGUGUGAACCCCUUGCUUUAUUUUCUGGUUGGGAGGAAGAAGGGAGGUCAAUCUAGGGAGAGCCUACUGGUCAUCCUCCAGCGGGUUUUGAAUGAGGAGGUGAAUGACAGACAGGAAAUGGACCCUCCUUGUUCGAUCCCACUUAGAAACCUUUCGUAA